AUGAGAAACGUUGAGAUCAAGGCGAGAGUGAAUGAUCUGGAGCAGCUGCUAAAAACAGCGGAAGAACUAGCGGGCUCUCCGUGCUCGGAAAUUGAACAACAUGAUACUUUUUUCUUCAGCAACGAAGGGCGCUUAAAGCUGAGGGUUGAAUUGGUGAACGGAAUUAGGGAUGCGAAGCUUAUAUUUUACGACCGCCCUGAUGAAUCUGGAGCAAAACUGAGCAAUUAUUCCAUAUCGCCUGUAUCCGACCCCUCAGCGUUGAAGCACGUUCUCUCGAAUUCCCUGGGAAUAAAGGAUGAACUGGUUAAAAUGCGUAAGGUGUUCAUGGUUGGUCAGACUCGCGUGCAUGUGGAUCACAUUCCGAAUCACGGUCAUUUUAUGGAACUGGAAGUUGUUCUAUCGGAUCAUCAGAACGCCGAGGAUGGGCAAGCUGAGGCCGAAAGACUCAUGGAGCAACUAAACAUAAGAAAAGAGGAUCUUCUCUCCGGUGCUUAUGUGGAUUUCCUCAAAGUUCCGGCAGGUACAGUAUCAACUGCUACGAAGGAGUGAUGACAAAUCGAAUGACUGACUCCUGGGCGUGAUCGGUGGACGCAGAUUGGGACGGAAAACUUUUCUUAUCACGUGUGGCGCUGUCUGAUUUUCCAUUUCCCUCGCGAAUAAAUCACCAUAAAACAACCUCUUGCUGUAUGCAUUGUGGUCGGCUUCAUCACAGUUCUAGAGCAGUCCGCUUCCUGGUAGGUUCACCUGUGAUCUACUUGGAUCACGAGGUGCUUUAAAUCCAACAUGGCGGCCAUGUUAUCGUACGAGACCACUGUUAUUUCAGAGUUGCUAGGACCUUCUACGACUGUUAUGCACCAACUGUUGGUAAGACCUCUUGGCAUUCAAAAUUCUUGUUACUGUUCAGAUGAAGUGGAUUUCUUCCGGUCUAAAUUUGUUUGUCGAUCGAAUGAUUUUACAGUACAGUGAUAACUCACGUGGAUAUGAGAGCGUAUGCGUCGUAUUGGCGUAGCUUCGAGCAUAUCUGUCGCGUUCGCGAGCGAUGAUUUUAUUAUUUUAUUGCGAAUCGUUGUCAUAACAUAUUAAAAGCAUCGAUAUGUGUAUCGGCUCCAUGAUGCGUUCUGGUGAGCUAAGGUCAUGCUAUUCCCGCCGUACUUGUGGCUGCUGCUACAGUUGAAAAAUCGAUAGUGUAAAUCUCCUCAGCCUUCUAUGGAUCGAGAAUACGACAUAAUUUCAAAGACUUAUAAAUGAAUGUCAAAUUAAAUUCGUUGAAGGUGGCAGUUUCGUAGUGUCGAAGAGUUCGCUGGUGUGCAAGCGCAAGUUAUUCUUCCUGUGUUGCGCUCUCCGUUGAGAUUUACAUUGUUCUCUUGGACUACGGAACAAUCCGUUGAUUUUAAUAGAUUUCUCGUCUCUGGAAGUCUGUGGGCGAUUGCUGAUCACGUGCUAGAUUGCGGAAGUUCAUUGGGUGUCAGUCACGUGCUAUGACGGUCGCGGAAUACUCUUCGCUCGGAUAGGAUGAUAUAUUGUAUUCCUAUUCAUCUCAUGAAU